AUGAAGGCCUCCCCUCUUGCCCUCCUCGCCGCCAGCGUGGUUCGCGCCCAGGUCGAAGCCCCUCUGGCCCCUGCCGACGAUGUCGUCUUCCCUUCCGCCUCCAAUUCGGACAACCCAUUGAUCUACUCGGGAGGAAAUACUCCCUACUGGGCGGGUCCUAAUACCUUUGGCAUCGACUCGGACGUCCCUGACCAAUGUACCGUCCAGCAGGCGGCAUACGUGGUGCGCCACGGCAGUCGCUUCCCUGAUAGCGGCUCAUACGGCGACUGGGUCGAGAUCUACGACAAGAUCCAGAUCGCAGUCAAGGGCUCCGGGUUCGCCGCCCGCGACGCCCUCUCCUUCAUCGCCGACUGGGAGCCCGUCCUCACCGACACAGCCCUGCAGAUGUCGCAGGAGAGCCGGACGGGGUGGAAGGAGGCCACCGAUCUGGGAUACCAGCUGCGGUCGCGCUAUCCGACCUUCUACACCGACGGCGAGCCCUUCUACAUCUGGGCAAACCAGUAUGCGUCGCCCAUCAACGAGUCGCGCGUCGUGCAGACCGCGCGGGCGUUUGCCUGGGGAUAUCUGUACGAGUUUGCCGAGGCGUACGGCACGGUGGUCAGCGUCAACUCGACAGGGUCUGUCAGCGCCAUUGGCAACUCCCUGGGGCCGUCUGAUAGCUGUCCCUUGUACGCUGCCACUUCUAGCGGGGGAGACAACGUUACGGAUUUCGAUGCAACCUGGCUGCCUGCCACGACGGCGCGAGUGAACAAGCUGGUCAGCGGCAAUCUGACCUUCUCCGAGACGGACGUCACCUUCUUCCCGUACCUGUGCGCGUACGAGUCGCAGAUCCUCGGCCGGUUGAGUCCCUGGUGCGACGUCUUCACCCAGGACGAGCUGAAGAACUACGCCUACUCGCAGGAUCUGGCGUACUUCUACGAGGUCGGCCCUGGCUCCGUCGGCCCGGCCAAGACGCUCUUCCUCCCCUUCCUGAACAGUCUGAUGGAACUGUUCACCAAGGGACCGGGUCAGGUCGGCACAGGACCCAACGGCACGCAGUUCAACGUUCCCAACCUGAUCAUGGCGUUCCUCAAUGACGACCAGAUCGCCGAGAUGACCGCUGCCAUGGGCAUCUUCGAGGCCGAGGGAUUCCUGCCGGACGACCACAUCCCCACCGACCAUCUCUACCAGGUCGCCCAUUUCAUCACCAUGCGGGGAACCGUUGCUUUUGAAAUCCUCAACUGUACCGAGUCCGAGAGCAAGAGCGGCAAAGAAGAAGAAAACGAUGCCUAUCUUCGUCUCCGCUUCAACGAUGCCGUCUGGCCUCUCCCCUUCUGCCAGUCCGGCCCAGGCAAGUCGUGUCUGCUCUCCGAAUACACCCAAUACAUUUCCGAAAAGAACAAAGCCGCCGGUAACUUCAUCGACUACUGCAAUGUCACCGAGGCGGGCCAUCCUGAGACCGUCGGGGGAGCCACCUUCUUCACCGACCUGUCCCUUGACUAUCUCACCUUUUUGACUCCGGGGGGGGCUAUUAAGGCGUAA